UCUUUUGGAAGCAGCCGCUAACUUCAUUUCGUUGGCAUCCUCAUUUCUUAUUUCGAGACACAUAAUUGUGAGGAGAGAAGACUGGAGAAGAUAAUACACUCAGAGAAAAGCCCUAAAUUGGGUUUUAAUUCUCAGUCCAAAAACCUUAAUUCCUCCAUUCAAACGAGGGAUAGAUGAUGGCAGUCGUUUCCCAGGCAGGGAUACUCCGUUGUAAACCAGAACCAAAUGUGUGCUUUAAUGUGGAAAGUACACUGUCAGAUAAUGCUCUGUUGAAGAAUAAAGCAUGUAAACUAAGGAAAGAUGCUGUUGUUUUUUCUUCUUUAACAUCAAAUGCUGGGGAAACACCAAGAGUGUCACAUCUGACUGGUGGUAAAAGCAAACGGGGAAAUAAACUAGUUGUUGCCGCAAGUCCCCCGACAGAGGAUUCUGUGAUUGCUACUGAGCCAUUAACACAAGAGGAUCUUGUUAAUUACCUUGCAUCCGGGUGCAAGCCGAAGGAGAGAUGGAGGAUAGGAACGGAACAUGAAAAGUUUGGCUUUGAGCUUGGAAGCCUACGCCCAGUGAAAUAUGAGCAAAUUGCGGACUUGCUUAAUGGUCUGUCCGAGAGAUUCAAUUGGGAGAAAGUAAUGGAAGGGGAAUACAUUAUUGGACUCAAACAGGACAAUCAAAGUAUAUCUCUGGAGCCGGGUGGUCAAUUUGAGCUUAGUGGUGCACCCCUUGAAACACUACAUCAAACUUGUGCAGAGGUUAAUUCGCAUCUGUACCAGGUCAAGGCGGUUGCGGAGGAGCUUGGAGUUGGAUUUCUAGGAACUGGUUUCCAACCAAAGUGGCGCAGAGAGGACAUACCUAUAAUGCCCAAGGGAAGGUAUGAAAUUAUGAGGAAUUACAUGCCAAAGGUUGGAUCAUUAGGGCUUGAUAUGAUGUUCAGAACAUGUACUGUUCAGGUCAAUCUGGACUUCAGCUCUGAAGCUGAUAUGAUAAGGAAAUUUCGUGCGGGUCUUGCUUUGCAACCUAUUGCCACGGCACUAUUUGCAAAUUCGCCUUUUACAGAGGGCAAGCCUAAUGGCUACCUCAGCAUGAGAAGUCACAUUUGGAGUGAUACUGAUAACAACCGGACAGGGAUGCUUCCGUUUGUAUUUGAUGACUCGUUUGGGUUUGAGCAGUAUGUAGAUUAUGCUCUUGAUGUUCCCAUGUACUUUGUCUACCGCAAAAAGAAGUAUAUUGACUGUACUGGAUUGUCUUUCCGGGAUUUCUUGAAAGGAAAACUUCCUUCACUUCCAGGCGAAUUGCCUAAUCUCAAUGAUUGGGAAAAUCACCUGACAACAAUUUUUCCAGAGGUCAGGUUGAAAAGAUACUUGGAGAUGAGGGGUGCAGAUGGAGGUCCAUGGAGGAAAUUAUGUGCACUACCAGCAUUUUGGGUGGGCAUAUUAUAUGAUGAGACUUCUCUACAAAACGUUCUUGAUCUGACGGCUGAUUGGACCCCAGAAGAAAGACAGAUGCUGAGGAAUAAGGUGCCUGUGAUGGGUCUGAAGACACCAUUCAGGGACGGGUUGCUUAGACAUGUCGUAGAAGACGUUGCCCAGUUCGCUAAGGACGGCUUGGAAAGAAGAGGGCACAAGGAAACUGGAUUCUUGAAUGCAUUGACUGAAGUGGUUAACACUGGUGUUACACCAGCUGAGAAACUCCUGGAGUUAUACCAUGGUAAGUGGGGACAAAGCGUGGAUCCUAUUUUUGAAGAGUUGCUCUACUAGCUGGUAUGAAGAUAUUUAAUCAAGAUCCUUGCAAGCCCUUCACUCUGCACAUGCGAAUGUAAAGCAUACUCUUGUUUUUGUGGAGUAUUUGAGUUUAAUCUUUUGUAGUAUUCAUAGGGAACAAAGUCUAUUGAGCUUUCUUACUAUGAAGAAAGGUGGUUAAGAAAGUCCAUUUAUUAGGGUAACGGUAGUAUGCGAAUACUCUUGGGGGUCAUGGUUAUCAAAUAAAUUGAAAAACAGUAUCUAGAUGUGCAUCAAAAGAAAAUCAACUGGUCACAUACUGUUUUAUGGCCUUAGUCAUGUCUUAUUUACUCUGUUGUUAUAAAUUGGCAACUGCUAUUGGGAGCUAUGGCCAAUAGCAGAAAGUUUGGGAAAUUAUUGUUUUUCUUUUGGGCUAGUAUGUGGUGUGACUAUAUCAAGUAUAUGUAUAAACGUUAUUGGGUUUGGCCCCAUAGUAAGAUCUAAGUGGUGAGUCCCAUGGAAGGUUU